UUGGGAACUUCGGACCGGUCCGCCUUUUCCUUCUCGACGACGCCAGCCUCCGGUCGAUUCUCUCUCUCCCGGUCGCAGGAGUUCGCAGCCGCCGCGCGUCCAGGAACCUCCGCGGCGCGCUCAUGGCGACGAAAGGCAAGGCCCCGACGCUGGCCGAGGAAUAUUCACUCCCACCUAAGGAGGUCCCAGUGGAAAAUUCAGCUGAGGGGAAAUCUGCUAUUAGCACUGAAACCUCACCAGCUGAAAAGACUGAUGCUGUUGUCGAGGAAAAAAGUGAAUCUCCUGAGGUGAAAGAGACCAACCCUGCUACAGAGGAAAGCGAUGAGGCUGCAGAGGAAACGACUGAUGAGAAACCAGAAGUUAAGAUUGAGACAGCUCCAGCAGAUUUUCGUUUCCCUACAACCAAUCAAACAAGGCAUUGCUUCACUCGCUAUGUUGAGUAUCAUAGGUGUGUCGCUGCAAAAGGAGAGGACGCUCCAGAGUGUGAAAAGUUUGCAAAGUACUAUCGGUCACUUUGCCCAAGUGAAUGGGUUGAGCGUUGGAACGAGCAGAGGGAGAAUGGCACAUUUCCUGGACCCUUGUAGGCUGUAGUGGUGCUCAAAGAAAAACAUGCUGUCAUCCCAACCUAUCCUUGGCAACUGGGCGAAGUUACUGAGAGAUGAUAAAUCGUCGGUUCUUUUUUUAAGAGUUCUUACAAAUAAUUUUUGACUUGUUGUAAGGUGGUUCUCAAUUUCUCGUAUGUUCGCUGGAUUUCGGUCAAGAAUACACUCUUGGACUUCACCGAACUUGAUGCCUCCCUCCCCCUCUGGUUGCAUAGGGAGGUUUUGAAUCGUGCUAAUGUCUUUGUUCUACCGGUGCAAGAGUGUAUGCGUAUGCACUAGCGCAAUGCGUAAAAGAGGCAACUAAAUGGAUACAUGAUUCACAUUGUUCUGAUACAUUAUGCACAGCGUUGCCUGAAAUUUUCUUUGGGUGGAUUUGAAUUCUAUUCGACCUCUGUACCACUCCUUAUGCUGAAUCCUGUGAUGUGUUAAUGAGACAGGUUUGAGUUUCUCCUUU